UGGACCGGAAACAAAAGACAUUAGUCUUGUAGCUAAUGUUCGCGCCUAUAAUUAUUAUUAAUACUACGUAUACAAUGCCACAAACAACUUUAUUAUUUAAAUGGCCUUUAUGCUCCCUGCUGGGCGCCUGGUAGGCACAAUGAUUCAUGUUGUUGUUGUCAACGUUAAUGGCAUUAGCGAGCGUGCUAACAUGCUAAACUGCUCCACAACAAGGCUAACGUCAGCCAGUCUGUAAAUUGGUGUUUUAUGAUCACUCGCGGUUCUUUGAGUCCGUUUUGCUACACGCCGAAUGAUAAGUGAUAUUUUUGUUAGGUUGUGUGCUGUCCUUUCGUGGCACUUUGGCAAAAUAAUCCGCUGUUUUUGCGCCAUGCAAAGUUAUUUGGCUGGAAUUGUGGGCCGGGUUCGGCUGCGCGAGUCGUUGGCAGCAGUGCGCAUGAGCAGCGACGCGCAAGUUCGCUGCAAACUGGUGGUGGGUCUGGGCAACCCGGGCAUGGAGAGUACCAGACACAGCGUGGGCAUGGCGGUGCUCGCUGCCCUCGCUGCCCGCCUCAGCCCGGGCGAGCGAUGGCGCAGCGACAAGCAGGUGUGCGGCGACAUCAUGUUGGCGGAGGUCCGAGGCGCACGCCUGGUGUUGCUCCGCCCCAAAGUACUGAUGAACAUGAACGGCGUGUCGGUGGCCAAGGCAGCCCGCAAAUAUGGCGUCCAGGCCGAAGACAUCGUGCUGGUCCACGACGAGCUGGACAAGUCUUUGGGCAAGAUGUCCAUCAAACAUGGAGGCAGCGCCAGAGGCCAUAAUGGAGUCCGGUCCUGCGUGGCCUGUCUUCACGCCGAUGUGAUGCUCAGACUCCGGGUCGGGAUCGGACGUCCGGCGGGGAGGACGUCGGUGGAGCGCCACGUCCUGGGACGCUUCACUGCGGAGGAGCAGAAGGUUCUGGACACGGUUCUGGUCCAGAGUGUGGACAUGCUGCUGUCCCAGCUGAGCAAGGAGGACCAAGGACAGUCCUCCGCUUCACCAGCAGGUGGCAGACAUGGCGCUUUGUGACGUCACGCACACUUAGAUGUCCAAAUGAAACUUCAUUCGUGUGUAAAGUCCACCUGCCAGCAAGAACUGUAUAGAAUUUUCUAGAAUACUUCAAUCUGGUCUAAUCCACGGACCCACUGAUUAUAUCUCAUAUAAAUAUUUAUUAUUGUGCAAUAAUAAUAUGUUCAAAGAGUACAGUAUAGCGCCACUAUUAGCAAGGUAGCACCUAGAGUGCUAAUCGCUAACUGGUAACUACAGUGUUGGUCACGAGUUGGCAACUAGCAGACUAAUCGCUAGCUGGCAACAAACAUGUUAAUCGCCAGCUGACGAAUAAAGCGCAAAUCGCUAGCUGGCACCAAGAGCCCUAAUCGUUUGCUGGUAAAAAAAAAAAAAAAAAAACGCUAAUCGCUCAAUGGAAAGUAAAACACUUAAUUGGUGGCAACUAGAGAGUUAAGUCGCUACCGGGGAACUAGAGCACUAAUUGCUUGCUUGCGAUUAGCGUGCUGAUUGCUCGUAAUCAGCCGCUGACGUCCCAGCUCGUAAGUGCUAUGAUCUUCCAUCCAUGUUCGGACAUAUUUCACAACACGUCAACAACAUUUGUCAUACGUUGUCGUGACAACCAGAUCCCUUCUUAAAACCCAUUUGUAUUCUCUGCUGUGAGGUCUUCUGUGUCUUUUAUGCUUUUGUUAUAUUUUAAAGGUUUUUUAUCAUUA